GAUGGGGUUGUAGGUGGAACCACUGAAUAUUUGCUCUGCUUUGACACAGUCUAUGUCAGCGAUCCGCUCACUGCAGCGGGCGCUGCUUGUGAACAGCACGGAUGGUGAGUGUCCGGGGGAGCGAAGAGAGACGCGGGAUGAACAGCUCGCUGUCACGGCGAUGACUUGCUUUCCGCCGACCGCCAGCCUGCUGCACUUCGCCGGCAUCCUCUGCCCACACCUGACCGCGGAAUCCCCAGCGCUGCGACCCUCGCUCGGAUCGGAGACUGACAUCCAGUGACAAUGCUGCUCCCGGGCGCUCGUUGUCUUCGGGUCCGCGGCCGCCUCUUGCUCUGCCUCUCCUUGGUUCUGCUGUCCCAGCUCGCCGUUACCCCCUCUCUGUUGACAGGUUCAGUGGCCGGCUGCGAAGAUGAAGGCGCGGCGAUAGAAAUCCCACUCAUCACAGAUAACCCCUGCAUCUCAUGCCGGUGUCUGAACAAGGAGGUGAGAUGUACCAGAGAUAAAUGUCCCGCUCUGCCCAAAGACUGUGCUCUUGUCAUCAAACAGACUGGAGCCUGCUGCGAGAAGUGCAAAGAGUGCAUAUUCGACGGGAAGGUGUACAACAGCUCAGAAGAAUGGUUUGUUCCUUCCAAAUCCUGCAUGACACAGACCUGUCAGGAAGGUGUUGUUACUGAGGCGCAGGUGCUGUGUGUGAUCCACUGCAAGAACCCCAUCCAGCCACAACAUGGAUGCUGUCCCCUGUGUCCGGGCUGUGAGUUUUUCGGUCACCACUACCAAGAAGGAGAACAUUUCCACCCAGACGGUGACCAUUGUAUCAGGUGUUCCUGCACGGCUGGCGCGCUGCACUGUGUCCGUGAAUUCUGCCCUGUCCUGUCCUGCCCAAAGCACCUCAGCCGAGUGCCGACUGGAAAAUGCUGCCCCAGGUGUUUUGGUCAGCGGCGGGUAUUUGACCUGAGAGCCGGAAGCUGUUUGUUUCACAGUGAGGUCUACGACCACGGCACCUCAAUAGAUUACGACAACUGCACCUCCUGUGUGUGCAAGGACUCCAGUGUCAUUUGCAGAAAGCGAUGCUCGGCCCCAGGGGCAUGCUGGGGCAGGAAGCAGUGCUGUGAGGAAUGCCUGUCUUACAUUUCCCCUGAGGAGUUCAAAGUUUGUCGAGUUGGGAACAGGAUCUACAGGGAUGGAGAGAAGUGGUCAGCUGUCAACUGCUCACUCUGUGUCUGUAAGAAGGGAAUGAUGGAAUGUCGGAGGAAGGAGUGUCCCCCAGUCAAGAGCUGCCCCAUGGGGAAAGCCGUCAACAGGAAUGGAUGCUGCGCCAUUUGUCCCGAAAAGCCGGGGGUUUGUACGGUGUUCGGAGACCCACAUUACAAUACUUUCGACGGCAGGGCCUUUAACUUCCAGGGGACGUGCCAGUACGUGCUGGCGAAGGACUGCUCUCGCGCGGCCAGCUUCCAGGUACUGGUGCAGAACGAUGCCCGCAGGACGCAGGCCUACUCCUGGACCAAGUCCAUUGAGCUGGUGCUGAGUACUGGCACCAUCAGCCUCGGGCAGCACCUGACCGUGCGGAGGGACGGGCUGAAAAUCGCACUUCCGCACCAGGACCCGCACUUCUCCAUCACGCUGGACGGAUACCUGCUGAGGGUGACCACCGCCGCAGGUAUCGACAUAUCCUGGGACGGGGACAGUUUUGUCGAGGUCAUGGCAGCUCCUGCUCUGAAGGGCAAACUCUGCGGCCUGUGCGGAAACUACAACGCACACAAGCGUGACGACCUAAUUGGGGGUGACGGCAACUUCAAGUUUGACGUUGAUGCCUUUGCUGAGUCGUGGCGUGUGGACAGAGACAAGGUGUGUAAGCAGGCGCAGCGAAGACUCUGGCCACACACCUGUACCGGCACCGUGAAGGUCAAGUUCCGCGCUCACCGUGAGUGCCAGAGACUCAAGUCCUGGCCGUUCAGGAAUUGCCAUUCCAAGGUCGACUACGUCCUGUUCUACAGAUCCUGCGUCACGGAUAUGUGUGAGUGCCCCAUACACAAGAACUGUUACUGUGAGUCGCUGAUCGCCUACACACGGGCGUGUCAGAGGGAGGGUGUGCGUGUCCAUUGGAAGCCGGAGCUGAGCUGCCUGGCUACGCAGUGUAAACACAGUGCGGUGUACAACACGUGUGGCCCAGGCUGCCCCAAGACCUGUGAGAACUGGAAUGAAAUCGGCCCAUGCAACAAGCCAUGUGUGGCGGGCUGCCACUGCCCUGCCAACUUGGUGCUCCACAGGGGACGGUGCAUAGAACCAGCCUUGUGCCCCCGGUGACCGCCGAGGCUCCUCGAUGUGAACACCAGACAUCAGUUAGCAGACCUCGGGUGCCUGAACCCGCUGCAUCUCCACCAUGCACAAGAAGGGAACAGAGGAGCAUGUGGUAUAUUCUGGAAUGAGCUAAUGGGUGGAGUCCCAUUGGACAGAAUAUGAGAAAAAUAUGCUGAUUAUAUAAACAAACUAAAUUUUAAAUUAAUAUAAAGACUCAAACCAGUCAAACAAAAUCAUUUAUUUUGCUAUUCUAUGCAUUUGUUUAACUUAAACAUACAUUGCAUCUGAUUGUGUGAGUAUGCUGACGAAUUUGCUAUUUGAGAAGAGUGAAGGACAUUAUCUCAGCAGGGCUUUCAGCAUCACCUCUCCCUUGUCUGCAAGACAUGUUUCUGUCCUAAGCCAAGGCAGACAGUACAGGAACACGACCAUGGACCAUUUAAACUGUUCUCUUGCAAUGAGCCUGUCACAGGUGGAGAUACGACCAGGGAUCAAUAAUGCACUCCAUGUUACCACCCGUACAGUGUGGCCGCUCGUCCAGGACCAGGAUCGCUCCCUGCUCUGCAUCUGCGGGUAUUCCAGCUACUCUGCCUCGAACACAAAUUAAAUCAACCUCUUUGACUCCAUUCAGCCAAGGUGUUUGCCAGUAUGAAAACCAAAGAUAAUGCGCACACACACACACACGCCAGGAUUACAGCUAAUGUUUUUUUUAAUUCCUUUGCACUGCCAUCCUCUCAACUACUUCCUUCCCUCUUCCCAUGCGCAAUCUAGUUCUGGAAGUUACUGUAUUUUGGAAUGAAAAUGCUGAGCAACUGAGGACUGCAUUGCUGUAAAAAAAAAGAGGAUGGGAUGGAUGGAGCUUGGACUUCAACUGUGUCUUAUUCAGAGAAUAAGAUGGAUACUGCGGGGACCGGAACAUCCCCAUCUGAGGAUGGGAUGGGAACAACGCGGACCGGGACAACAGAGGAUGGGACAAUACAGCAGAGACCAGGUCAUCUCCGUCAAAGGAUGGGAAGUAAACGGACACAGACUGGGAACAUUUGUAACUUUCAAAAAAUCGAGAAACUCAAUGUUUACUCACAAAAUCUUUAUUGAAAAUAAUCACAUAUGCAUUAACUCCAUAAAGACAUGAAAAUACUGCUUAUAAAGGAACAAUUACAAAGAUCAUAUUUCUACAUUUGAUUUCAGCUUCAUUCACACCUCCAGUUGCCAUAUACAAGAAAUUUGGGCGACCUUAUCAGCACAGAAAUGUUUAACCACACCUGUCCAUCCACUGACUUUUAUGUCCAGCUGAGACUUUUCUUCAUCUUUAAGAUUUUGUAAACAUCAUUGUGAAACACAGGAGUGAAGUGUGGAGCCGGUGAUUUGGAAAUCACUGAGCACAAAGGUGUUUUCAUUGCAUUCUCCGCAUCUUCCACAUCCCAAAUUUCUGGCAUACUGCAGCCCUCUCUGUGGAUAACAGAAACAUUUCAGCAUGGUAGAAGAAAAGUCUUGUCCCAGUAACUGCUACCCAUCAACACACAAUAUUGUGGCUCCUGUUUUAAAUUGACAUCCAUGUGUAGAGGUCUGAGCUGUGUUGGAGGCAGAUGGGUAUUAUCCAUUGGUACUAAUGAUGAUGCCUGGUGCAUUAGGGACUCAGUCUGAUGCUGAAGGGUAGAGACAUGAGACAAAUUUAAUUCCUGACAAAGGACCAUGGGGCUAACGAUAAAGGAGUUGGCAAGAAUUUACAUUGUUCACAGUAAUUAUUUUGAGGAAAACCCAAUUCCAAAAUUAGUAUGGAAAUCAAGUUAGCAGAACAAAAAUGGCAGAAAUAGACCAUGUCAAAGGGAUAUGAUUUCAGUAUAACCAUUACCGCUGGACAUUCAACACCGUUAAAACCAGAACCAGCAGCAGCAGCUUAGAGUUGCAGCCACCACUGACCAGUAGCCUAAGUGGACAAUCUCACCUAUCUGGCAGCUGCUGGACAAUCAAGAGGCUGGGAACUUACAGCAAGUGACUCGUCUCCACAAAGCCUUCCAUCUGCAAGUUUCAGCCAAGUGUGUGAUGAGACGUGCCUGAAUAAGUGCACCUGCAGUAAACAAGCUUGAUACUGUCCAGCAGUGCCCACCUGCCUUAGGCAGAUGAAGGAUGCUGCAAUAUCAUGGCUUAUCUACAGGAUUCUUAAAUAAAAACGUCAUUGGCAUUUCAGAAGGGAUAUUAUUCAUUAACAGUGAGAUAAGGAAAACAUGAAAGAGGCAGCUUGCUUGACUGCAAUAAACUAGGAGUAUCCCUUGGUUAUGCAGAGGCGGAAGCAGAGGAGAAAUGUCCCUGCAUGAAGCAAAAUGAAUGUAAUGCAGAUCAAUUAAAGCUUUAAAAAAAUUCA